UGUGUUCUCUUAGCUUUCCCACUCUCAUAUAAUCUGUCAGAAACUCAAAAACACAAAACUCCAUUUCUUUCUCUGCUCUGAUUCUCUCUUCUCAUACAAACGGAGAUCAGAACAUUUCAUCUCCAGUAAUGGCGCUGCAGAGCCCGACAUAUUGGCUAGCGGAGCAUCCUUCAAUAGUAAACUUCCGAUGGAGCCCAGCCCAGUCUUGGGGCUCAACCUGGUCCUUCCUCUUCACCGCCAUAUCCGCCUACAUCGCCGCCGCCACCACUCUCUACACGUUGUUGAUUCUCUCCAGGCGGCGCCGCCCCGUCCCGCUCGGCCCCAUCCCGGCCGUCCACAGCCUCGCAGUGGCUUUAAUCUCCGCCGUCGUUUUCGUCGGCAUGCUCCUUUCCGCAGAAGCUGAAAUCCGCGACACUCGCUGGUUCUGGAGCCGCACCAAGACCUCCACCCCUUUCCAAUGGCUCCUCUGCUUCCCCCUCGGCACGCGCCCCUCCGGGCGAGUCUUCUUCUGGUCCUACGUCUUCUACCUCUCCCGCUUCCUCCACCUCCUCCGCACAUUCUUCACCAUUCUUCGCCGCCGAAAGCUCACGUUCUUCACGCUCUUCAACCAGUCCAUUCUCAUCUUCAUGUCCUUCCUCUGGCUGGAGUUUUCUCAAUCUUUCCAAGUCCUGGCGAUACUGCUAACCACUCUGCUUUACUCCGUGGUUUAUGGGUAUCGGUUCUGGACCGCCAUAGGGCUGCCCAGAGCUCGCUUCCCGUUUGUGGUGAAUUGCCAGGCUGUUUUGCUCGGGUGCAACUUGGUUUGCCAUAUUGGGGUCCUUUUUCUGCACUUGUUGAAAGGUGGGUGCAAUGGCAUUGGUGCUUGGGGCUUCAAUUCUGUCUUGAAUGGAGCAAUUUUGUUGUUGUUCUUGAAGUUCUAUGCGAAGAAGAUGCAUUCCAGAAACACCAAAGUCAGUGAAGAUGAGGAAUCAACACAUUGGGGUUCUGUAAACCUUAAAGAAAAGCACACUUGAUGAUUUUCUUGUUUGUUUCUAUGGUUUUGUUUAUUCAUUUAUGGGAUGCAAGAUUAGAAAAUCCCCAUUUUUUUGUUCAAACUGUAAAGGAUGAUCAUAUAUGACAUAUUGUUAUUCAGUCAACAAAGGAAAAUU